UCCUCAGCGACGGCGCUUGGUUGAGUCCCCGGCACUGAGCACGGCAUAACAAUACUGACAGACGCGACCCAAGACAAGGGGAAGAUGGAGCACAGAGACACAGACUUUAACAUAUUAUUAGCGACCGAUUCCUAUAAGGUUACACAUUACAAGCAGUACCCGCCUAACACAAGUAAAGUCUACUCCUACUUUGAGUGUCGCGAGAAGAAGACUGACCCCACUAAGAACAGGAAAGUCAAAUAUGACAAAACUGUCUUUUACGGCUUGCAGUAUAUUCUCCAUAAGUACUUAAAAGGAAAGGUAGUCACUCCGGAGAAGAUCCAGGAAGCAAAGGAGGUAUACCGGGAACACUUUCAGGAUGAUGUCUUUAACGAGAAGGGCUGGAGGUACAUCCUGGAGAAAUACGACGGCCACCUGCCCAUUGAGAUCAAGGCGGUGCCAGAGGGCAGCGUGAUCCCACGAGGGAACGUCCUCUUCACCGUGGAGAGUACCGACCCGGAGUGCUACUGGCUCACUAACUGGGUUGAGACAAUCCUGGUCCAGAUCUGGUACCCCAUCACCGUGGCAACCAACUCCAGAGAACAGAAGAAGAUCCUGGCCAAGUACCUGAUGGAGACAUCGGGGAAUCUGGAGGGUCUGGAGUACAAGCUGCAUGACUUCGGGUACAGAGGAGUCUCCUCGCAGGAGACUGCUGGUAUCGGAGCCUCUGCGCACUUGGUGAACUUCAAAGGCACAGAUACGGUUGCCGGCAUCAGCGUCAUUAAGAAAUACUAUGGCACCAAGGACCCUGUGCCUGGAUUCUCUGUACCUGCAGCGGAACACAGUACAAUCACUGCCUGGGGGAAAGACCAUGAGAAAGAUGCCUUCGAGCACAUCGUGAAGCAGUUCCCUUCCGUUCCUGUGUCCAUCGUUAGCGACAGCUAUGACAUCUACAACGCCUGCGAGAAGAUCUGGGGUGAAGACCUGAGGAGCCUCAUCGAAUCUCGGAGUGCAGAGGCUCCUCUCGUGGUCCGACCGGACUCAGGAAACCCCCUGGAUACGGUAUUAAAGGUCCUGGAAAUUUUGGGGAAGAAGUUCCCCCCAAAGGAGAACAGUAAGGGGUACAAGGUGCUGCCUCCUUACAUCCGAGUUAUCCAAGGCGAUGGAGUGGACAUCAACACACUGCAGGAGAUCGUUGAGGGGAUGAAGGAGCACAGGUGGAGCAUCGAGAACAUUGCCUUCGGAUCAGGCGGGGCGCUGCUACAGAAGCUGACCAGGGACCUCCUGAAUUGCUCUUUCAAGUGCAGCUACGUGGUCACCAACGGGCUGGGGGUAAAUGUAUUCAAAGACCCUGUGGCAGACCCCAACAAACGGUCAAAGAAAGGUCGUCUGUCCUUGCACAAAACGCCGAGCGGAGAUUUUGUUACCCUGGAAGAGGGCAAGGGGGAUUUGGAAGAGUAUGGUGUGGACCUGUUGCAUACAGUGUUUCAUAACGGAAAGAUAAUAAAGACAUACACCUUCGACGAUGUCAGAGAAAAUGCCAAGCUGAAGGAGUGUGAGCUGGAGGAAUUUCUCCAGUAAUCCUCUCCCCCACCUCUUCUCUACUCCUGGGUACCCCCCCCCCCCCCCCCACUCCCCAAAAGCACUGUCCCCAAGAGGGUGGAGAUGUCAACCCCACGCACGUCCAAACCUGGGCCCAAGAAGUCAGAGAGAUUUUAAAAGUACAAACACACUUUACCCUGCAGUGUACAGUGCAGGUGUGGUUUAUGUUUGAAAUUCCAGAACCUGCUAAGCUUUGGUGUAUUGUUAGUGAUGGAACAAAUAAAAUCAUCAGAUAUUACCACAUUUAGAGGAUUUAUAUUAUUGUAUAUAAAACCAAGCAUUCUGCUGAUCACACAUAUUUGAAUGAAGUGAGACAAAUGUGUACAUUUAUGAAAGUUUCUAAAAACUCUGUUCAGCUCUAGAUCGUAAAGAUAAUUGUUUAAUGUUGCUGAAUGUGACCGCUGUGUAUGCUGACAGUUAAUUACUUUUUACUGAGGAAUCAUUGUAUUCUUUUAUGCAAAUUACUCUGUUGAUUGGGGGAAAGCAUUUUUACUUUAUUCUUCACAAUUUGCCUUUUAUUUUGAAAACGGAAUCUUUUCCCUAUUAGAGAUGCCAAAUACUAACCUUAAUAUGGCCAAUUCUGUAGAAUCAUAAUCAAUCAUGUAGCAGUAAUACUGUGUUAAAGAGUUCCGAAGCUAAGGCCACAAUAUUCAUGCAAAUAGAAGUGUCAGCUGUAUUUUGUUUGUUUGUCUUUUUUUUGUACAAGUAUGAAUAUACUGUAUUUGUUGAUACAUUUAAGUUUUCUAUCACUUGGAAAACAGAUACUGAAGCGUAAG